UUGUAGAGCGCGCGAUGAAGCGUUUUGCGGCAAGAUCGGCAGUGGCGGCGUGGCGGAGGAGUGCUCUCAGCUACUCAUCGCCGCUAGAAUCCACCACUUCUCCUCCUGGCGCCUUGUUCUUGAGUAGCGGCUAUGGCGGUAGGUCUCAAUCCACAGCCGCGGCAGCGGCGGCCUCCCCAAUCGACGAUUCCACGGACGAAGAUGGAGUGAAGAUGAAGGGGGUGAGGAUUGCCGGGCGGCCGCUCUAUCUGGAUAUGCAAGCGACAUCGCCGGUGGAUCCGAGAGUUCUUGACGCGAUGAUCCCCUACUAUCUCCACCAGUUUGGCAAUCCACACUCGAGAACGCAUCUCUAUGGGUGGGAGAGCGACGAGGCGGUGGAGAAGGCGCGCGAGCAAGUGGCGGCGCUCAUCGGCGCCGACGCGAAAGAGAUCAUCUUCACGUCCGGGGCAACCGAGUCCAACAACAUCGCGCUCAAGGGAGUGAUGCACUUCUACCGGGAGAAGAAGAAGCACGCCAUCACCACCCAGACCGAGCACAAGUGCGUGCUGGAUUCGUGCCGCCACCUCCAGCAGGAGGGAUUCGAGGUAACUUAUCUCCCGGUGAAGAAAGAUGGGCUGAUCGAUCUGGGCGAGCUCAAGGCCGCCAUCCGGCCCGACACCGCCAUCGUCUCGGUCAUGACCGUCAACAACGAGAUCGGCGUCGUCCAGCCGGUGGAGGAGAUUGGGAAGCUCUGCCGCGAGCACAAAGUCUUCUUCCAUACCGAUGGAGCUCAGGCCGCCGGGAAGAUCCCGAUCAACGUGAACGACAUGAAGAUCGACCUCAUGUCGCUGAGUGGUCACAAGAUCUACGGGCCCAAAGGCGUGGGAGCGCUCUAUCUCCGGAGGAGGCCGAGGGUGAGAGUGGAAGCACAGAUGAGCGGUGGCGGACAGGAGCGGGGGAUUCGCAGUGGCACGGUGGCGACGCCGCUGGCGGUGGGGAUGGGAGCUGCUUGCGACAUAGCUCUCAAGGAGAUGGCUUACGACGAGGAGCACAUCAAGGCCUUGCAGAAGCGGCUCUACGAUGGUCUCACGGCGAAGCUCCAGGCGGUGGUGGUGAACGGCAGCAUGGAGCACCGCUACGCCGGGAACUUGAAUCUCUCGUUCGCGUGCGUGGAGGGCGAGAGCUUGCUCAUGGGCUUGAAGGAGGUGGCGGUGUCGAGCGGCAGCGCGUGUACGAGCGCGAGUUUGGAGCCAUCUUAUGUGCUGCGAGCUCUCGGGGUGGACGAGGACAUGGCUCACACUUCGAUCCGGUUUGGGAUCGGGAGGUUCACGACGGUGGAGGAGAUCGACAGGGCGAUCGAGCUGACGGUGACGCAGGUGGAGAAGCUGCGGGAGAUGAGCCCGCUGUGGGAGAUGGUCAAGGACGGGGUGGAUCUCAAGAGCAUCCAGUGGACGCAGCACUAGAGAAAGGGUCGAGAAGAGUUUCGAUGAUGAAGAACACCAGCUAGAUCGAUCCAAAAGUUCUCACAGAAGGCACCACGCAGGGCAAACAUUCAGUGGUCCCAGAGCACUAUAUAGAAGGGAAAAAAAAGAUGGAAAGAGAGAGCUAUAGGUAGCUUAUAAAGGUAGAGCUUUCUGUAAAGUCUAAAGGCUAUAUAAACUCGAAGUUACUUUGUCC